AUGGCUUUCACCCCUCGUAUAUCCCAGCGAAAGCCUCUGAGCUGCACCUCGUGCGCCAAGAAAAAGCUUCGUUGUUCAAAGUCCAUACCUUGCACUUCUUGCAUUGAUCGUGGGCUCGAGGCGUCCUGCGCGCGCGAAAAGGUCAUUGUGCGCAAGAAGCACCAGCGCUCCUCGUCCAUCGGUGAGGGUUCCAGCCUCGGGACAUCAUCAAAUAACGGGCCCGUCUCGCUCACCUCUGAGGUCUCGGGCAGUCCAUUGACCAUUGACUCGUUGUGCGAUCCUGCUUCUUCACCCGAGGUUUCCAAGUCGCAGCAUCCCAGCGCCGCUGUGCCAGAUGAUGCCCCCGUAACGCUGGAAAACCUGGCGCUGGGCCGCCAGAGGAUACUUAACAUGCGCUUCACUGGCGGCAAUCUGUUGAAUGAAGUCGAUGAUCCUCCCGGCUGGCUGCCACCCCAGAUUGAUUUUAUAGUCUCGCUUGCUCAAGCUCGUGUAUUGUUGGCCUAUCAUACGAGUCAUCUUGCUUGGAUUCAUAAUAUCCUUCACAUGCCAACGUUUGUCGAAGAAUGCGAAAAUGCCUUUGCACAGUAUGCUCUAAAGAGUCGAGCGUGGAUUGCUUUAUUCUACGCCUUCCUCUGCCAUACCGCCUAUCAUGGCCCAGAAUCGCUGCUUGUGGCUGUUGAUAUGUUGCCUCAACGGUCGAUUGUCGAGCAACUGUACACAAAGACCAUUGAGGCGCUGCACGCUGCCGACUUCAUGGCCGUACAUUCACUCCAUGCGGCACAGGCAAUCAGCCUCCUCAUCCAGGUUGGGCACAAUCUUGGGCAAAGUGAUUUCGUCUUUGUGCUGUUGUCGAGCACGACACGUAUUGCUCAGUCGCUAGAUCUGAACCGUCUUGGCCCCGAUUCGGGACCGAGUAAGGAUCCGAUCGGCAGAGAAAUAAAAAAGCGACUGUGGUGGUUUCUCGUUAAACAAGACUGGAUGCAGAUCCCAUAUGGCAACAUGUUCACAAUUAAUGCUUCCCAUUUCAACACCCCUCCUCCGCUGAAUUGCUUCGAAGACCCCCUUCAUAUGUGCGGCGAGAAUGGCAUCAAGGCAUUGGACUCAAAUGUCCUGACACAAUCCAGCUGGGCUGGUAUACAUAAUCAGAUCGCUAUACUUAUUUACAAGACCCACGAAAGAAUGUCCCGCCAUGGACAUCCCGGAAACGACCCACGGAAAAUCAAGAUCCUCUAUGAUGAGGUGCUGUCGGCCAAUGCAGAACUUCAGCAAUUGUGGCAUAGGCGACCCGAUUUUUUCCGCAUGGAAGCUCCGUUGCGUCCGGAAUGGCCAAGUACUGUGCCGCACCUUCGCAGACUCUUUGCUAUAUCAUUCGCAAGAGCAUAUUUCGCUAUACAUCGCCAUUUUCAAUUAAAAAGCUUUCGAGAUGACGCAUUUUCAGUAACUAGGAUAUCAUGUCUCGCUGCUGCGCGUAGUAGUCUGAGAACUUUUAUCGAAUGGCCAGACGACGAUGAAUCAUUGGUAUUCAAGAAAAUGUGGACAAACAACAACAAUCUAGUGGCUGCAGCUGUGGCCCUUUUGUUCGGUGUCCUCUUCUCGUCUGAACAGGCUGAUGGUAUAUUCGAGAAAAUGGAGAUGAGACAACUACUUACCAACUUUUUGCCUUGUCUCGGCAGGAUAGGCACCUACAGCUCUGUAGCCAGGAGAGGCGUGGACCUGAUAUCCGUCAUCCUCGACUAUGAACGCGCCAUUGCCGAAGGCACCAAAGAGAGACUCGACAUUGAAGAAGUCGUGGGCCAUGUCAAAUCAAGCGGAGUGGUGGGUAUUGCCCCAUCCUAUGCGGACUGGACAAAUGCGGCUACGCAAUAUGAUUUUAUGAACAUGGAGAGUUGGAUAGAUAUGCCGCCACCAUAG